AUGGCAUCAUACCUUCUAUCACAAUCGAGUGUCAUCAAAGCAACAAGCCCGUCGUGGCUCAGGAACCGCCGCCAAUUCUCCUCGUCUCCCACAUCCCGCCACGGUCACCUAGACCCACCCCGACCGGGUGAAGAACGCAAGGUAACCUUUGUAGACAAAGAUGGCCACGCCACGACAUUCGAAGUAGCCGACGGCGACAACCUCCUCGACAUCGCCCAAGCCAACGACAUAGAGAUGGAAGGCGCAUGUGGCGGAUCCUGCGCCUGCUCAACGUGCCAUGUCAUAGUAGCAGACGAAGCUUACUACGACAAGAUGGAGGAGCCAGAUGACGACGAGAAUGACAUGCUGGAUCUGGCGUUUGGUCUGACUGAGACCAGUCGCCUGGGGUGCCAGGUUAAGAUGAGCAAAGAGCUUGAUGGCUUGGUCGUGCGGUUACCGAGCAUGACGAGGAACCUGCAGGCUAGCGAUUUCGACAGCAAAUGA